AGUAUUCGAUUUGACAACAGCCAAGUUUAUACAAGCAUUGCGACGCUUUGUAUCUCGCCGAGGCCCACCGUCGGACAUCUACUCCGAUAACGGACGGAACUUUCUCGGGGCUAAAAACGAGCUCAAUCGACUCAUCCGCCAGACUGAACAUGCGCAGAAGGUUGAACAGGAGUGUGCAGAUUGCCACAUUAGAUGGCACUUCAAUCCGCCCAGAGCAUCCCACUUUGGGGGGCUGUGGGAAUCGGCCAUCAAUUCCGCCCAGAAACACUUUGUCCGCAUCGUUCGCAACCAUUCAUUCUACUUCGACGACAUGCAGACACUCUUGAACCAAAUCGAAUGCUGCCUUAACUCCCGGCCUCUUGUUCCCGUAAGCGAUGAUCCGACUGAUUUUGAGCCACUCACGCCCGGACAUUUCCUCGUUGGGACUUCAUUGAAGGCUGUUCCCGACGAAGAUCUGAGCGAAAUACCAUUCAAUCAUCUGAGGAAGUGGCAACAAGUCCAAAAAUUAUUCCAGGAUCUGUGGCGACGAUGGCACCUGGAAUACUUAACGAAAUUACAAUCACGAAGCAAAUGGGUGCACUCACCUGUAAUUAUCAAAGAAAACCAGCUGGUUCUCUUGAAGGAGGAAAACAUCCCACCAAUGCGUUGGCCGACAGCAAGAGUGAUUCAGACACAUCCUGGCGGAGACGGAAUUGUUCGAGUAGUGACUUUGCGAACACCGAAGGGCUCCUGUACAAGACCGGUGUCAAAAAUCUGCCUGCUGCCGAUUGCAUCAUCGUCGGAGGAAUCAAGUAAAACAACCGGCGAUGAACAACCAACAUCAGACAAGAUUUCCUCUUGAAGCGAGCUCGUUUCGGAUCCAUUCGAGAAAUAAUAUUUAUCCAAGGCACUUUUUUUCUUGGAUCAGGUGAGUUCCUGUCCAAUCUUCGUAUUCCCCUCAAAUUUCGCUACUGGGUCGUACAAUUGCAGCACCUUUCACUUUCCGAAGAAACCACAACACAAUCCGCACAAUAUCAACCGCACAACACCACCGUUCGAGAAGACCUUCCGGUUCCAGCUUGUAAUCUUUUAAGGCACUAUUCUCUUUGGAAUCAGGUGAGCAACUGUCCAAACAAAUAACUUUUUGUCGAAAGCGCUACUGGGUCUAAAAUUUUCAGAGGUAAACGCGACCGAAUCACUUCACAACCGACCGAGACGAGACGGAUCAAUGUAAACAAACAUUGGAAUCAUCAAUCAUCAUCAUCACCACGCUUAACAAAGUUCACUCACUCCAUGGAAAAACUUACUUCGCAGUCAUCGUCAGAAACGUUGUUUCUGAAGGGGCCAGGAUGUUCGUGCAUGCACGAAAAUGAGUAAAAGUUAGCCUCAACACCUGAAGGAUUUUUUCCGUGCAGUUAUGAAGGCAGAUGUUUAGCAGUGGGCUGUACUCGGUGAAUGCUGGCAGUUGUUCGGGAGCUAAGAAACAAAAGGAGAAACCAAACAAAAAGAGGAGUUUCCGGCAUCCCUAACUUAUAAAAGGCCGUUCGGAAAGUCAGGUGUUUCUCUUUUGGCCAUCACACUGGAGACGUCAUCAUCGAGCCGGCGAGACUGUUUAUUUACAAAGUGAAAUUGUAGUUGAAACCAAUUUUUGUUCCUGUGAAAUGAAUUUAGUGAAUUAUAGUUUAAAUAGUUAAGUAAAUGUAAAUAAAAUUAAGUUAAAUUGAAUAAACUGUCGUGGAUUAAGUGUAUAACCAACCAAUAAAAAGUGUACUUACCUGAAAGGAAGAAAUCGCCCAACCUGAACUGAACCUGAAAAAGAAGAAUCAAGAACCAUACUUACCUGUCUAAGGAAAUUGAUACUUACCUGAUCGCUGCCUGGAGAUCCGUUCUGCUGACACGUUCCGCUGAUUCGAAAGAGGCUGUAAACUUUAAGGAUCAUUUACAUCAGAUCCAGUUUUAACGUUGACGGUGGCAGUUAUCUACUUCGCAGAAAGUUCCAACAGUGGCUGCGUUCGCUAUCAUCUUCAUCAUCAUAGCUCUGCUUCCGGUCCGAGCCAAAGUUCAUUUGGCGGCUGCCCGGGAAAAACAGUAUCAGGAAUGUUCUACAAAUGGUAUGCUAAUCUGAGUAAUCGUACAAUCGCGAUUACCAUCGUCGUCUGCAUCUGUAUGCUGUACGUGUCCUACACAUUCAACACAUGCCUGAUCGCCAGCAUCAACCGAACAUGGAAAAGGGCACACAUAGGCUAUACAACAAUGACGACGCCUACGGAGGAAACGGAAGCCCCCCAAAUCAAAAUCCUUGGCUCGAUAGUGCGUAUCGUGCCCCUUACGGGCGAUAGCAUCGAUUUUGAAUCCAAGGGACCGCCGAAUGCAACGGAUGGAUCGCCCAAGUAUCGUUUCCUGCGACAGCAAGGUCUACGACCUUCUCGACACCUUCCGGAUGCACUGAUCAUCGGGGUCAAGAAAAGCGGAACCCGGGCAUUGCUAGAAUUCAUCAGACUGCAUCCGGAUGUCAGGGCGGCGGGAUGUGAGGUACAUUUCUUCGAUCGUCACUAUUCCAAGGGCCUUCACUGGUACCGGCAUCAUAUGCCGCCGACCAUUGAAGGACAGAUCACAAUGGAAAAAACUCCCAGCUAUUUCAUCACGAAGGAAGCUCCCAAGCGGGUGUACCACAUGAAUCCUAGCACCAAGCUUCUGGUGGUUGUGCGUGAUCCGGUCACCCGUGCCAUAUCCGACUACACGCAGGCGAGAAGCAAGAAGAAAGACAUGAAACGAUUCGAAGAGCUGGCCUUCCUGAACGGAACAUCCGGUGGAGUAGUGGAUACCAAUUGGGGACCCGUGAAAAUUGGUGUUUACGCCAAGCAUCUAGAAAGGUGGCUGGAAUAUUUCCCGCUUUCGCAGCUGAUCUUCGUCAGUGGAGAACGCUUGAUCGCUGAUCCUGCUGUUGAAAUUGGACGUGUUCAAGAUUUCCUUGGCCUCAAGCGGGUGGUCAAUGAGAAACACUUCUAUUUCAAUUCUACCAAAGGCUUUCCAUGUCUGCUGAAAUCCGAAGAACGAUCUUCGCCACAUUGUUUGGGCAAAACGAAAGGUCGAAAUCACCCGCGAAUAGAACCGCAGGCCGUCGAGCGAUUACGAGAAUUCUACCGGCCAUUCAACUUGAAGUUCUACCAACUCACGGGAAUAAACUUCGGGUGGCCCUGAGAGCUUUAGCACACCAAUUUAACCGUAGAUAGGUGUAAAUACGUAAUGAAUUAUUGAAAUUAUAAACUGUGUAGUUCCUAGCUAAUGACACGAAACCAAAAAAAAAACAGAGAUCAAAUCUCACGGGCUACACGGACCAGUGAUCAUUCCCCCCAAGAGAUUGAACAGCUCAUUUUGAGUAGACAGGUUACUAUUAUAGUGUUUUCUAGUGCGUUUGUAUUGCUUCCCUUAAAAAGAAACCAAUUAGGACAAAACAGACCAACACUUUUCGAAGGAAAUGGACUGCAAAACAGUAGUCAACAUCGAUUACCUGAUUUUGAAAGAAAAAUUUACCAAUCCAAAACAAAAAAAAACAUCAAUUAACUCUCUUAAGAUGGGAGGUAACUCAAACAAAAAAAAAGUAGUUGAUUUUGGAAAGCCAGCAGCCAACUGGCGCUGAUCAGCCAAGACAAACUAAGUAACUCGCACAAAUUUACUGACUACACGUACACACCAUAAUUGCACAACUCUGAACGAAUCGACUCAUAGCAUCUUGAACGUAAAAACCAAUAAAAACUAAAUCAUUUUUAAGACUUCGAACAAGUUUGAGGUGGGGUCAAGGUAUUUCUAGGAGAAA